AUGGCAUCUUGGAUAUUAUCGGCCAUAGCCACGUCAGUGCUGCUAAGGCAAGGUGCGGGCGCGACUUUGACGACACCGGGCCAGGUAGCCCUUAAAGAUUGGGAGCAUGACACAAAGGAGGAGGAAGGAUCCAGGGCGGUCUGCCCCGUGCUCGGGUUGCAGGACACUAUAUUCUUCGCUGACGCAACGCAGCCAUGGGGGGCAUGCUGGGAGAAGGAGGGAUCGGAAAGCUUGGGAUCCUUGCCCAGCACGGCAAGAGGUGCGAUCACAGGCACCACACCAGCAGCAGCAAGCGAUGACGACGAGGACGGCGAGGACGCCGACAGCAACAGCAAUAACAGCAACAACAAUUCCACCAAGCAGCGCGCACAACCACCACCAAAGGAGCCCGGCAGGACCAGCGCCGGCUCCAUCUCGAAAUUCUACCAGAUCCUGCCCUCCCCGGACAAGGGCGGGGGGCUGGGCGUCUUCGCGAGGACUCUCAUCCCGCGCGGGACGCAGCUCAUGCUCGAGCCGCCCCUCUUCGCCGUCGUCCCGCCCGCGUUCCACCCCGGCCGGGGCUACGACAUGGGGGAGAUGCUCGAAGGGAUCGGUGCGGCUGUCGAGCAGCUCGGGGAGGAGGACCGGGCGGUGUUCGAGGAGUGCUGGGAGCAUCUUCAGGACGGGGAGGAGGAAGAGGAGGAAGAGGAGGAGGAGAAUGAGCGAAAGCAGAGACGCGGCGGUUCGGAUAAGCUCCAGCGGCACAUGCGCAUAUUCCGCACCAACGCGUACAUGCUGCCCGACGGACGCUCCGCCAUGUUCCCGCUCGUCGCGCGCAUCAACCACUCGUGCGCGCCCAACGCGGCCAACGUCUGGGACCCGCAGGCCCAGGUCAGGGUGAUCUGGGCGUCGCGGGACAUCCAGGCGGGCGAGGAGGUGCUGGUGUCGUACGCGCCGCUCCUCCAGGACACAGAGUCCCGGAGGGAGAGACUGAGGCAGUACGGGUUCGAGUGUGGGUGUGACGUCUGCCGCGAGGAUGAUGAUGAUGCAGGGAGUGCGGCUUCGGGGAAGAAGAAGAAGAAGAAGGAAGAAGAUGCGACGAGGAGGAGGCUGGGUAGAGAUCUGUCAGAGCUUGAAGCGGCAGCCGCGCAGGAGACGACGACGACGUUUAUGAGCAAGAGGCUGGCAAAGCAGGCCGGCAAGCUCGCUGCGCAGCUUCGCGACCAUGGGCAGGGUGAGCUCUGGGGCUAUCUUGAGCAAGUGUAUGAACUGGCCGCCGUGUUCUGGGAGCGAGCUGGCGAUGAGGGGACCGCAGGUGGAUUCAGGGCAAAAGCAGGUGAGAUGAGAGUAUUUGGGACAGUGGUGAGCUCGUAG